AUGGGCCGGGCACAUUAUGAUUCCUAUUCACAUCUAUCUAUCUAUCUAUCUAUCUAUCUAUCUAUCUAUCUAUCUAUCUAUCUCAUGAGCAAUGAAAUCAUAAAAUUUACAUCAAAUAUGGCAUCCAGUGGAUACUUCACAGAUAUUAUUAAUUUUCUUCUUCUUCUUCUUCUUCUUCUUCUUACCCUUCUCCUCCUCUACUUCUUCUUCUCCUCUUCGUCUUUUUCCCUCCUUCUCCUGUUCUUCUUCUUCCCUCCUCUUCUUCCGCUCCUCCCCUUUUCUUCUUCUUCCCCCCCCACCUCCUCUUCUUUUUACCCUUAUCUUCUUCUCUCCUCUUUCUCUCUCUUUUCUUCUUCUUCCCUCCUCCUCCUUCUUCCCCUAAUUUUCUCCUCCUCCUCCUCCUCUUCUUCUUCUUCUUCUUCUUCUCCUCUUCUUACCCUUCUCCACUUCUUCUUCCCCUCCUACUCUACGUCUUUUCCCCUCCUCCUCCUGUUCUUCUUCUUCCCUCCUUUCGUCACCCUUUUCUUUUUCUUUUUCUUCUUACACUCCUUCCCCUCUUCUUCCUCCCUUCCUCCCUCUCUUCUUCUUCUUCCCCUCCUCCACCUCUUCUCUUCUUACUCUUCUUCCCUCCUCCUCUUCUUCCCGUCCCCGUCCCCGUCCUCUUAUUCUUCCCCUUCUUCUUCUUCUUCUUCUUCUUCUUCUUCUUCUUCUUCAUUCUCUGACUAUAUCUAUCUAUCUAUCUAUCUAUCUAUCUAUCUAUCUAUCUAUCUAUCUAUCCGAUUUGUGACCAUUAUCUAUCUAUCUAUCUAUCUAUCUAUCUAUCUAUCUAUCUAUCUAUCUAUCUCAUUAGUUCAUUAUCUAUCUAUCUAUCUAUCUAUCUAUCUAUCUAUCUAUCUAUCUAUCUAUCUCCGAAAAGCGUUUCUAUCUAUCUAUCUAUCUAUCUAUCUAUCUAUCUAUCUAUCCGAUUGUAUUCAUUUUAAGAAUAUCAAUCUAUUUCAGUUUGAUCAUAUCUAUCUACCUCAGUCUGACCAUUAUUCAUCUAUCUAUCUAUCUAUCUAUCUAUCUAUCUAUCUAUCUAUCUCCAAAAUGUAA